UAUGUGACACAUGAGAGGAUCCACACAGACUCUCUGACUGACAGCAGGAUCAUCUGAAAGCCUAACACACACACACACACACACACACACAAAUGAAUGCCAUGCCGAAUAAAAUCAAAAAAGACAAGGAGUCACAGAAGUCCACAAAAGUGGUUAAAGGUGGAGAACAAGAGAGUUCAGACCAUGAGGGUGCGAAUAAGAAGGCCAACAACAGCGUUCCACCCACCACACAACUGCUGAAGGGCAAACAGUCUUCAUCUCAAAUCACAGUUAAAAAAGACAAGAGACAGAACUCGUCCAGAUUCAGUCUGACCAAUAACAGAGAACUCCAGAAACUGCCUGCGUUCAAAGAGGAUGACGGUGUGAAAUCUCUUCUGUCCUCUGCAUGUGGUCUGCCCUGCAAGCCGUGCACCAAUCGCAUAUCAAAGUCCCGCCUUCAUUCAUCCCCACCAGCCAAUCCGCAGCCUCCUCAGGCAGCCCUCUGGUGGUUGAGAUCACGUGACUCCGUUCAGCCAAUGGGUCGUGGCCAUGGUUGGGUGACAUCACUGACUAACUGCUCCCCUCCAGCAGCAGAGCUUCAUUUUCUGCUGCUUGUGUUUGUGCUAAAAUGGAGGCUAACAGCUCAACUUAGCCGGUGGCCGUCUCGCCGGCGCUCUGACCUGUAGAUGUUGACAUGCUCUAGAGAGGAGGCUGACAUGGUUCUGGACGCUCCGGGACCCAACGGGCCCUUUCAACCCGUGGCCCUGAUGCACUUUAGAGAUGUCCCUCCCGGCGAGCAGGAGAAGUUAUUUGUGCAGAAACUGCGUCAGUGUUGUGUGCUCUUUGACUUUGUGUCCGACCCCCUGAGCGACCUGAAAUGGAAGGAGGUGAAGCGUGCGGCUCUCAGCGAGAUGGUGGAGUACAUCACUCAUAACAGGAACGUCAUCACAGAACCCAUCUACCCUGAGGUCGUGCACAUGUUCUCAGUGAACAUGUUUAGGGCGUUACCGCCGUCCUCUAACCCGACCGGAGCGGAGUUUGACCCAGAGGAGGAUGAACCCACUUUAGAAGCGGCCUGGCCACACCUGCAGCUUGUUUAUGAGUUCAUCCUGCGCUUUCUAGAGUCUCCAGACUUUCAGCCAAACACAGCCAAGAAAUAUAUUGACCAGAAGUUUGUCUUGCAGCUCCUGGAGUUGUUCGACAGCGAAGACCCCAGAGAACGGGACUUUUUGAAGACCACUCUACACCGCAUCUACGGGAAGUUUCUGGGCCUCCGAGCUUACGUCAGAAAACAGAUUAAUAACAUUUUCUAUAGGUUCAUCUAUGAAACGGAGCAUCACAACGGAAUCGCUGAACUACUGGAGAUAUUAGGAAGCAUCAUUAACGGCUUCGCUUUACCCCUGAAAGAAGAGCACAAGAUCUUUCUCUUAAAGGUUCUGUUGCCUUUACAUAAAGUGAAGUCUCUCAGUGUGUAUCACCCUCAGCUGGCGUACUGUGUGGUUCAGUUUCUGGAGAAGGACAGCACACUGACUGAACCCGUGGUCAUGGCUCUUCUGAAGUACUGGCCUAAGACUCACAGUCCAAAGGAGGUGAUGUUUCUGAACGAGCUGGAGGAGAUCCUGGACGUCAUCGAGCCCUCAGAGUUUGUGAAGGUGAUGGAGCCGCUCUUCAGACAGCUGGCCAAAUGUGUCUCCAGUCCUCAUUUCCAGGUGGCCGAGCGAGCGCUGUAUUAUUGGAAUAAUGAAUACAUCAUGAGUUUAAUAAGCGACAAUGCUGCCAGAAUCCUGCCCAUCAUGUUCCCAUCGCUGUACCGGAACUCCAAAACCCACUGGAACAAGACGAUUCACGGUCUGAUCUAUAACGCUCUGAAGCUGUUCAUGGAGAUGAAUCAGAAGUUAUUUGACGAUUGCACUCAGCAGUUCAGAGCUGAGAAAAACAAAGAGAAAGCCAAGUGGAAGGAGCGUGAGGAGGCGUGGAUCAAGAUCGAGAACGUCGCCAAAUCAAACCCACAGUUCAUCAUGUACAUCGACUCGGCCAGCUUCAGCAGUCCUGUGGACAUGGAGACGGACGGACCGAUGAUCGAUGAUGUCAUGAUGCUGAAGAAGACGGUGGAGGAAGAGGCCAUUCAGAUCCACAGAGAACAGCGGAGGGAGCGGCCCCUGAUGAGACGUAAGUCCGAGCUCCCUCAAGACAUGUCGACGGUGAAGGCGCUGGAGACGCAUCGGCGCGCAGAGGACAUGAUCGCCCAGGAAGGCCACUAAAGCACCACAGACGCCCAAAACCAGCCCAGUGUGACCCCGCCGCGCACAGGCCGGCCCGGAAGAGCGCUGACGACAGAGACACAAACAGAAACCAGCGCAUCAGUGCCCGUCCUGCAGCCGGCCCAGUCAUCCCUCCGCUCUUUUCUCUUCUGUUUGUUUGUUUCUUUGUCUUCGACACGUGUCAUGUGCCUCUUGCAGCUCUUUACAUGCCGUUGUGCUGACAUACAGGCGAGUGGCAAGAUCCGUUUUGACUCAAGACCACUGAAAGUGUGUCUGUCGGCUGUGUUCGGAGCGAGCGAACGAUUCUCAGGUUUGUCGGGAGUCAGCCGCUCUCGUGUGUUCUUCACUCCGUCUGUGGGAACUUUCAUUCUCAGUCUUUCUUCUUGACGACAAAAACCCUCUGUAUUACAAUUUCACACAUGCCGAGUUGUCACAAGAGAACUCGCCGUUGCGAAUAUCCUUCCAUUAUAUUGAAGUAAUAUUUUUAAAGUUGGCAAUAAGUUGGUCCGGGGAGAUCUUGCUUGGAUGUUCAAACAAUGGCAAACUGCCUCGUGGUUUAUUUACGACUGAUUUGGUUUAUAUCAAACGUGUUCUUGAUUCAUGCGCAUUUUUGGUCCGAGCCUUUCUUUGUGUAGAGUGCCUUUUCUAACAGAGGACUUUUGCGUGUGUUUUUACGUCACACAGACCCAUGUUUCCGUCACUUGAGGAUAACGUCAGAACGAACAGGAAUCGUGUGACCCAACGAAAGACAAAGAAACCUUCCUAAUGUGGUCUUUUGUUGGGUUUGUGCAGUGACGAUUCCUUUUGAACCGUUGUUUGAACUUCCAGCCAGUUUGGCCUGGUUUGUUCUCUCAUUGUCUCCCGUGACCUGUUUUAAAGCCGCUCGCAGGAUUUCUGUCAUUGGAAGCUCGUUGAUGUUUGAUAUGAAUGUACAAAAUGAAAUAGAUCUAGACGCUGUAUUAUUUUUCUCUAUCCCGGCCACCGUCUUUUUUUCUUAAGUUUCUGCAGUGCUAAAAUCUAAAGUCAUAGCCGAAAAGUUAUUUUUCUUCUCCGAUAUGCCAGUGUCAACAGGAUCGUUUCUUGAAGCCGGAAACUUUCAUCGUGGUGAUUUUCACUUUCCGUUGUUUUCAGUUCUUGAGAUGAUAAGAAUAAAAUGCUAAGUGUCCUUUAGGAUGACCCCGCCCUCUCGAUCUGAUAUUGUACAUAUGAUGUACUGUAAUGAUUUGUUUGUUCUUGAAUGGUAGAUCUCUUUAUUUUGUACAAAUGUUCUUGUGUACAGAUGAAAACCGCUAUUAGCCACUUGCAGACAGACUCGUGUAACUGCGUUAGAAAGUAGGACGUACUUUCUAAUGUGUUUUUAAUCUUUAUAAUUCAGAUCUUUUCUGUCUCUGAUUCGUUCAGCUGUCUGAAGAGAUCAUCAUACAUUAGCCUUCAUGUGCUUUAUUCAGUCUCAAGUGGUAUAUGUCUAUAUACAAGAAAUAAAGAAAACGUGAUUUAUAUUUUCAUCUUAAA